AUGCUACGUAUAACUCAAAAACUAGGGUUCAAAGCCCCAGUGAUAGGAAUCAGAACACUUGCAACUCAUUCUACAGAACAACCAUUACCUAAAACCCCAUCAAAAGUUCAAUUAGAUUCAAGAAAAUUAUCAAAUCCAAAAAAACUUUAUGAAUUAAUUCAAUCAUCUAUUGCUAAAGGUGAACCACAUUUUAAAAUUGGUGGAAAACAAUUAUAUUUCCCAACUGCUCGUGUUGUACUAUUAAGACCAAAUGCUAAACAUACCCCAUACCAAGCGAAAUUCAUUGUCCCCAAAUCAUUUAAUAGAAUGGAUUUAAGAGAUUAUUUAUAUAAUUUAUAUGGCCUUAGAGUUUUCAAAAUAACAACACAAAUUAUUCCAGGGAAAUUUGUUCGUGAAGGUGUUGUUGCCCGUUAUAGAACUGGUUCUAUUAAAAAAAUGACUGUUGAUUUAUUGGAACCUUUUGUUUGGCCUGAAGAACCAAAAGAUAAAGAUGAAGAAUAUAAUGUUGGAUUUAUGAAUGAAUUAGAUAAAUAUGUGGAAAAUACAAGAAGAUUAGGUUCGGAUAAAUUAAAAGCUGGUACUGCAUUUGGUGGUGCUUUAGGUCCAUAUCCAAAAAAACCUGAACCUUUUGUACCAAAAUUUUUAAAGAAAAAAUUAUUGAAUGAAAAAAAUGAAACAAAAUCUAUAAAUGAUAAAAAAGAAAAUGAAAAAUUGAUUUCCAAGUACUUGAAUUUAUGA